UGGGAGGAGAAGGGUCGGAGUCGGGCGGUUGGUUGGUUGGCAGAGCUGCGGGUUGCAAGGAUGGCGUCCUGUACAGGGGAGUAGAGCGGUUGGUGAUUUUUGUUCCCGGAUUCCACUGCGGCAGUAGUUGGGACAGACGGAGCGGAUGGUGUAUGACUGCAGAUUUUAGAACAAACCCAAGAUGGCAGCCAACAAGAACAAGACGCAGAGUUCCUUGGUGCUGCACAAGGUGAUCAUGGUGGGCAGCGGCGGCGUGGGCAAGUCUGCUCUUACUCUACAGUUCAUGUAUGAUGAGUUUGUAGAAGAUUAUGAGCCCACCAAGGCUGACAGCUACAGGAAGAAAGUGGUGCUGGACGGAGAGGAGGUUCAGAUCGACAUCCUGGACACGGCGGGUCAGGAGGACUAUGCGGCCAUUCGAGACAACUACUUCCGCAGUGGCGAGGGCUUCCUGCUGGUCUUCUCCAUUACGGAGCACGAGUCUUUCACCGCAACAGCGGAGUUCAGAGAGCAGAUCCUGCGUGUGAAGGCGGAGGAAGAUAAGAUCCCUUUGCUCCUCGUAGGGAACAAAUCGGAUCUGGAGGACAGGAGACAAGUCCCCGUGGAUGAGGCCCGAGGCAAGUCGGAGGAAUGGGGAGUUCAGUAUGUGGAGACCUCGGCCAAAACCAGAGCCAAUGUAGAUAAGGUUUUCUUUGACCUCAUGCGGGAAGUCCGAUCGAAGAAAAUGUCUGAGAACAAAGACAAGAAUGGAAAGAAAAGCGGUAAAAGCAAGAAGAGCUUCAAACAACGUUGCUGCCUACUGUGAUGUGGAGCCGGCGGAAACCCGCCCGCGAAGGGCCGCAGCGAGCGAGGGCUCUGAACCCACCGCCUUCCUCCUUUUCUAACUCUAUUAGUAUUUUUAAUUCAAUGCUAAAGACCAGCAGCAGCCAGACGGGGUGCUAACCCCCCCCCCCUCUCUAGUAGGCAGGGGAGGAAUUGUCCCGCCACCCUCACACGUGGUUCUGAGCUUUUCUCUUUUUCCUCUUUCUAUUCUUCGCCGAAAAAAAGAACAAAUUUUUACCACUGCCAAAUAAAAAAAAUAAACUUUUCACGAGAGAAACUCUUGGCCACCUCUGCCCAGAAACUGUGAGAUCUCCUGCCCGCCCCAGGACUGUAAAGGGCGAACGGUCAACGUGCGAUCCACUACAUAGCCGAGAUUAAACGCCAAGCCAUGAGUUAUUAGUCCAGAUACAAGUUUAUUCCAAUGUUAGAUUAAAAUAGAAGACUUAACAAAAAAAUGAGUCGACGCGUUUCGUCAGGAAAGAGAUCCGCCCCCUUCACUGGGGAUUGAGGAUUGGAAACAAUGUAUAUGGGACUGAGUAAAAAGGAUACAAUGUAAAAUGAUCUUGGAAGCAGUGGAAUAUUAAAGCACAGUGUUCGUCGGCCUCCACUACAUAACGUCAUGCUGGCCAAGUGUUGAUGUAGAAAGCCGCGUAGAGCGAGGAGAGCUCUUGCCGUCUGACCCUCCCCCUCAACGCUCUACUGCCCCCUACACCCCUAAAGCGUUAAUACCCCCGGACCGGCUCUUUGUAAAUAGCAGGCGGGGCCCUUUUUACUGCUACUAAAGGUCUUUCUGGGAACGGCUCCUCGCGGCUUUGCGUCAGCCCUGAUCUAACGUGCCUCAUUUCCGUACGCAACCUAAAUUUUGUAUUUUAAUUUUUUUUUUUUUUUUGUUAUAAUUCAGGUUAUACUGCAGUAUUUUUUUUUUGUUGCUUGCCAAUUUCUUUACGCAGGUUUAGUCUGCGUUUUUUUUUUUCUUUUGUCACGGGCAGAAGCCACCAGACUUUCGGAGUUAUUAAUAAAGUUAUUCAAACACUUUU